AGUCUGUAGAAGCGCGUGGAAACGAACAGUGACUUGCGAUGAGUGUCGGUGAGCAUGUUCAUGUUCAUGUUACACGGGAACCCCGUCACUCACGGAAUUCGCCGCAGCCCCUCCACCCACCCCACCAUAGUACAAAGCUUCAAACUUCGUCCGAUGCAGUCCACCAUCACCACCACCAACCACACACGAUGGCGACAACCGAAGCGAUUCCCGACAAUGCCGGCCUCCCCGCCGGCCUCCAGAACACGAACCUCACGCUCGAAGGCAUGAUCGAAGCAGCGUCGGCCGCGCACUUCGGCCCAGGCGGCAGCAUCGGCGCCGCCCUCCCGGACGCGAUCGCCUCCGUCAAGUCCACGACGGCGGACGAGUUUAUCCGGCAGCUGAACAAGAUGCCAUUAUUCAUGACGGAGCUCGACGAGACGGGCUCGGACGACACAUCGUCGAACGCGGCUCUGGACGCCAUCCGCGCGCUGCAGGAGGAGGGCGAGCCGCACGAGAUCGCGCUCAACUUCAAGGCGUCGGGCAACGAGCGCUUCAAGUGGAAGAACUUCGCGGAUGCCCGCGAGUUCUACACCAAGGCCAUCAACGUCAAGUGCGCGGAUCCCGAGAUCAACGCCGCCUGCCUCAAUAACCGCGCACAGUGCAACCUGGAGCUGCGGAAUUACCGCAAGUGCAUUACCGAUUGCCGCGAGGCCCUGAAAUUGAACCCGAACGCGGAUAAGUCCUGGUUUAGGAGCGCGAAGGCGCUGCUGGCCAUCGACCGCAUCGACGAGGCCGAGGCGUGCAUCACCAACGCGGUGCUGUUGAAUCCGGCGCACGCGCAGAUCCAGCAGCUGGCGGAGAAGAUCGUGGCGCGGAAGGCGCAUCUGGCGAAGCAGGAGGCGAUGCGGGCCGAGCGCGAGCGGAAGAAGAAGUGGGACGAGAACGCGAUCAAGGUGGCGCUGCAGGCACGGAAUAUCCCCACGCGAUCUACAAAGGCGCCGCCGGAAAUGCCCGACGGCAUCGAGAUUGCGUUCUCCGAGUACGGGAAGUUGGAUAGUCACCUCAAUUUUCCCGUGCUAUUGAUAUACCACCUGCACCUGCAGACGGACAUGAUCGCGGGGAUGCCGGAGGUCGCAACGGUUGGGGAUCAGCUGGUCGAGGUGCUCGCGGAGCCGCAGGCGUGGGACGAGAAGAGGGAGUACACGACGAAGACGGUCGAGUGCUACAUGGAGACCAAGACGGGCGGGCUGAUCAAGGUCGGGAAGAAAGUGAGUCUGCUGGAGGUGCUGAGCGGGGGGAAAGUCGAGGUUGUCGAUGGGCUGGUCAAGAUCCUCGUAGUGCCGAAGGCGAGGACGGUAGAGUUUGUAGAGAAGUGGAAGAAGACUAUGCGGACGGCGCAAUAGAAAGGAAAAUUCGUGCAUAAGAUUUUGGAAAAAAAAUUGUACGAUACCAAUCAUAGAAUAUCACUCUUGUAGAUAACCGGCCCCGUUGAGAAAUUUGCCACGAUGGUG